GUUAGCAUCUAUGAUGUGUUGUAUUUGCUCUAGUGGCUAGCUAGGAUGUGUAUUUGCUGAAUCCGUGUGGAUUGAUAUUAUGGUACCAGGUACGACUGUACCGGUGGUACAUGUAUUUCGUAUCGGUACAGUCGUACAGCUGUACGCUCAACAGCACCCGUGGUGCCAUGCAAAGUGAGCGACUGGACGCGGACUCGACCCGACUUGCAGCAAAGCAAAAUUGAUGAGUCAAUCCCGCUCUGAAUUAUGUGAGCGGACUCAACUCAACCGGCAGCAACCUCCGAGCUUUAACUAACAUCGGCCAAAGGAAUAUUGGGCUCACAUGUCACAUGAUCCAACACGAGCCCAACAGCGAUUCGGCAGUUGCUCUUGUGUUUGUUGAUGCAAAGGGAAGGAAACCAUCAUCAGAUCGAUCGAAAGGCCAGCUAGAAAAUUCAACCAUAGUGGUGGUGUGAGGCAUACUAUACGGUACCGCACACAAAGCAACCCUCUUAUCAGUCGACUAAGAAAAGACAGAGAGGUAUCCGCAAUCUGCAUCCUUGCUAAUCGGUUAGAGAAGUUUCUCAUUCGGCAGAUUUGAAAUCCUUUCCAGUUUCGACAUACUUUCUUCUGUAGUGUUCCGGCACAUUAUCACACAUGAAGGUCGUCCUGACUGGGGGUAUGAACAAGAAAGUGGGCUUUAAGCCUCUUGCCGACGAUGAUAUGGUGAGAGAUAACAGCAGAAGCCUAAGACGGUCGGGUAGUGAAGAAAAGAAGAGUGAGCAUCCCAACCCUCUACCGCUGCUGUCCACGCACUUUGCAACGAGCCCUGCUAAUGCUUUCUCGAACCAAGCAUCGACACCAUGUACCGUCUCUCCGGCAUCUUCGGCAGAAUCGUCGUCACCGUCUUUUCCGCAACAAACAAGCAACAGUGAUCUCAACAACAACAAACACACCAAAGGUCGCAAAAUGUUCCGGUUGCCACGGUACUUUUGGAAUCGACGUAGAGGUGGAAGUAGUGGCAAUAGCACCAGUAGCCAUGGAGAGAACUCGGAAGAUGAAGAACUUGCCAAAGCAGGCGAAUCAGAUGAUCCUGUGAUGGCUGUCUUUCAAUCAAGAUACAAGAAUCGAGUGCGCUGGGAUUUGGAUGACCUGCAGGACUCGGAAAAGAAAGAAGACAGCGGGGACAACACGACACGUACGCGCGAUAACAACAACAACAACAAAGAUUCCAACGAAUCAGGAGCACUAGACAGUGGACUAGGUCCUUCCUCGUCCUUUGGCGGCGCCAAGCAGAAUGGCAAUAGCAGUAGCAUCAAGAAGUUUGUUAAGGGAGCUCUGUUUGGAGGUGGUGGAGGCAAUCAAAAGGAAGCGGCAGCAGAUAAUGAGUUUCAAAAGGAAGUGGAAAGAGAAGUGGCAGCUGAGAAUGGCUUGGUAUGGGAGAGCAAUGAUGCUUCUACUGUAGGAGGAGAAGUUCUGUACACAGCACAACGAAAGCAGUCAGCCCUCCACAACCAAAAAGAGCAGGCACAAUUAACAUUCUCUUUCACAGAAGAUCUUCAAACACGGGCGACCGUCCAAAAACUCAUCAAAAAGGCCCGAAGGGCGCAGUCUGUAUACUACCGAUAUGACUAUGCUGUCAACUACCUUGUCCGGGCCAUGGACACAUUGACAACCGCAAAGUACCCUGACCUUCACCCAACCGUCAGGAAGACCCUCGAAAGCCUCAAUGAGGCCCAUCACAAGCUAAGCAGUUUCAACAACUCUGCAAACAUUGUCAAAAUAGGGAUCAAGUAUGAAGACUCUGGAGAACUGGUUCGAGCCCUCAAGAUGUACUCCAUCGCGUACCGUAUACGGAGAGACAACCUGAGCCGGACCCAUCCAAGCUUGGUCGUCUUGCUCAACAUGCUGGGAAGCAUUCAAACAAAAAGGGGUGAAUACGAGGAAGCUAUGCAGAUCUACGAACUUGCGUUAAGGGAUCCUCCAAAGGAUCUGGACAACGCUGGAACAGCACCAGCGCUAACUCCAUCCGAAGCGGCAAUUCCCAGCAUUGCUCAAACAACAGGCAUCCAAGCCGGAGAAGAUGAGUCGGUACUUCCUACACCUCCUCCGCCGCUGUCCUAUGAGCAGUUUUCCACUCGAGGCAACUUGCUAGCAAAGAGUGUCACUUAUCGGGAAAUGGGGACAAUCUUUGAGAAAUGGGAACGGCGGGAAGAGGCUUUAAAGAUGUAUCAUUUGAGUCUUGAUUGUGUCGCAGAAUGGAAAAUAGCGGCAGGAGUCUCGGCGGCUGACAAGGGACUGCGACUGGGCCUUCAUGAGACUAUCAAUGACAGUGGUACUGGAAGCGAUGACGAUGCCGGGAACAAGAAAAGUAGCUUGGUGGCGGACAACGUAACAGUGAAGAAGUCUUACGCUCGCGAUAGUGACGACGACGACCAAGUCGAAAAAGGAGAAAUGGAACUGAUGGUCAGCCGCAGCCUUUCUGAUGUGGAGGGCGCGGAUGUCGCUGCCCUAAUGGGCACCGUCUGCUAUUACGAUUCCUUUUUCCCACCGCAUUUGGAGAAGAUCAACGCGAAAAAAGGACGCUCCACUGCUGCCGCCGCGGCCAUGGCUAGCGGCGAUAGCGAAGGACUGGAUCGGCGUGAUGACUAUGCUGAUAUUGAUGUGGCGUUGACAAUCCAUCAGAUUGCCCAACUGUUUCGAAAGCAGGGGCAAUUCUACAAGGCACUGGAGGCAUACGCUGUUGCCUUGAGAGGGAUGAAGUACUCGCUUGGGAAUUACCAUCCUAACGUCGCAGCCAUCUUGGGAAAUUUUGGCAAUCUCCAAAAGGAAAUGGGGGACUUGGAUGCUGCCUACGACACCUAUCAGGAAGUGCUUGGUAUCGAAUCGUACAGGUUGGGUCUGAGCCACCCCGACGUAGCCAUUACCCUACACAACAUUGCUACCAUUGACGCUGCGCGCGGAAACUAUGAGCGUUCGUUGCGACUUUACGAGCAGGUCAUGUGCCUGCAACAAAAGCUCUUUGGUCGAGAGCACAUCUCCAUCGCAGUGACAUCAGCUUGUAUGGGCGAUGUCUAUGAGGCCCUUGGUCAAAUGAAAGACGCUUUUGAAGCAUACGAGGAUGCACUUCGGAUAAAAUCAGCUUUCCAAGGGCACCACACGCUGGAGGUGGCCAGAAUCCUUCACAAACUGGCCAAGGUGGCCCUACACCGCGGGGAUCACCGUCUUGCCAGCUCCUACAUCUCCCGUGCGAUAUUCGUGUAUCGUUUGAACAAAAUCCCCGAUGGGCACGAGUGGGUUGUAGAUGCGCAUCGAGACUCCGCAGAUGUUGAUGCAUCUCUAGCCCUGACAAAGAAAAUGACAUUUGAGUGCUAGUAGCAUCCUGGGUGGGAAACCACUGUGCAGGGGCUCGGCGGUACCAGCCAUUACUCAAACUCGGGUUCGAUUUGUCUCCUGUGGAAAUCUAGGUGUGGGUUUGGGUUGAUGCCUUGUAGGAUCAAUCCAUAGCCCAUAGUAUGGUUUCUAAAGGUGAAUCGAUUCCGAUGCCAUAAACUGUAAUAAUUUUCACUCGCCUACACAUGUAGAGGUUUGUAUUAUUCUGAUGCCAU